AUGGCUUCGGGCUCAGCGCAGCUCGCAUCGCAGUCUUCUUCCUCGAGCGACUCCUCCAGUAGCAACGACCCUUCUCCGGAUCCAUCGGUCGAUCCCUCGUCGCUCCCACAGGCUGUAAAGGCAAGGAAGGCUGAAUAUACCCAUCAACAGUCGAUUCGCGUGAAGGUCGGCACAUGGAAUGUCGCUGCCAUUCCAGGUACCGAGAAUGAUAUUGGGAAAUGGUUCGUACAGCGGGAAGGCGUAUGUGAGCAGAUAUCCGGACUCCGGGUCUCCGACUCGCAAGAGCAAGCUAGUGUGAAAAAUAAUGAGUCUGGAAACGGGGAAAGCCUACCUGAAUUUGCGCCGCACAAGAUUGGCCUUUACGUCCUGGGGUUACAGGAGAUCGUGGAUGUUUCGUCGCCUGCGGAGGCCUUGAGGCCGUAUGUUGACCCAGCACCGUCGAAUCGGUGGAAAGCAGCAGUUCAGAAAGCCCUGCCAGAGGGAUAUAAGCUUAUUGCGGAGACUCAGUUGGUGGGCUUGCUUCAGUUAGUAUAUGCGGCACCUUCUCUCGCCGACCAUGUGUCGUUUGUUAGCUGCGCCAGUGUGGGCACGGGCCUCUUGGGGUAUAUGGGCAACAAGGGUGCUGUUACAACUCGAUUAAUGCUUGGUGAAACGACAUGUCUGGUCUUCGUGAACUGUCACCUGGCGGCUGGAUCCGACAAGAAUAGUCUAGAACGACGGAAUUGGGAUGCUUCACAAAUUGUCGGUCGGACGAAGUUCGAGCCCAUCGACCCAAACGUAGCACUUCGAGAAGAACUCACCGAGAGCAUAGGCAAAGAGGACUUUGCAUUUUGGUUUGGGGAUCUCAAUUAUCGCCUGGAGGAUAUCCCGGCUGUUUCGGACGAGGAUGUGGAUCCUCACACCGAUCCAGCGUCUCUGCAAACCACCAUAUCGUCAUUACUGCCCCAUGACCAGCUUCGGAUGCAACAAGAUAAGCGGAAAGCUUUCCAUGACGGAUGGCGAGAGGGCCCGAUCACUUUCCUUCCUACGUAUAAGUAUGACGUGGGAAGCGUUGCUAGGUUUGAUUCAAGCGAGAAGAACCGAGGUCCCAGUUGGUGUGACCGGAUACUCUCGUUAGAUGUGGACGACGAUGCGGAUAACUCACUGCAGCUUGAGUACUAUGUAUCGCAUCAAGGCAUCCUCUCCUCGGAUCAUAAACCCUUGGCCGCAGCAUUUACGUUGACGUACGACUCGGUGGAUCCGCAGUUGAAAGCCAAGGUACACCAGGAGGUGGUUCGGGAGCUGGAUAAGGUGGAAAACGAGUCUCGGCCUGGGCUCACCGUUGUGGUGGACCACCACGGCAGUCAACCUACAAGUGAAGACCCCAAUGCCGUGAACUUUGGUGACAUACCUUUCGAUGUGCCUGUCACCCGGUCACUGACGGUCGCAAACACCAGCGGCGUGCCUGCAACGUUUACCCUAGAAAAGCCGGAGCAAGAUGUCUCUAAUCGCACACCAUCCUGGCUGGAUUACCGUAUCGACCAACCACAUCUGUCUGACUCGGACUCCGGCUCAAAGCAGAAGCUGCCGUCGCACGAGUGUACCCUGCAUCCCGGGGAGAUUGCCAACAUUGAGGUCACAGCAUGCGUUCGAGAUAUUGAACUGGCUCGUUUAGUAAAUGACGGAAAAUUGAGUCUAGAGGAAAUCCUCGUCCUUCGAGUGGCGCACGGCCGAGAUCACUUCAUCUCCGUUCAUGGCAAAUGGCUGCCCACCUGUUUCGGCCGCUCAUUAGAGGAGCUAACUGUCAUGCCUGAAACGGGCGCACGCAGCCUAGUUCCAGCCAAGGCACCCCGAGACCAAAACAAUACCCCGGGCAUGCCUUUGUCGGCUCCUCGGGAGCUUUUUCGAUUGACGGAGGCCAUAUCCGAGAUAUCAGAACGUGCCAUUGCCGAGUGGAGCAUGACAAGAAGUGAGGCGGAAGAAGAUACACCACCAUGGAUGAGAGAGCCCGCUGGAUUCGGAUGGCCUUUUGAGCCUGAGGCCUGGACUCUGCGCGAUCAAGUUGAACGUUCCCAUCUCUUAUCCCGUGCUCGCGAAGCGCUCGACACCAACAAGGAUUUCAACUCUGUUUUCGCCCCAGAGGUAACUUCACUCCAGCGUCUGGAAAUCCUCAGCGAAACGCUUCUCGCAUUCCUCGGAUCCCUGAAGGACGGUAUCGUCACUGCCGCCGUCUGGCAAAACCUCGACCAACAAAUUCUCACUCGCGAAAAAACCAAACAACCCCCACUAUCUUGGGAAGACUCCCAGGCCUGGGUGCUCGAAAGCCUCGCCUUUUCCCCCGUCCACAGCGUCUCCUUCACCUUCGUCACGUUCAUGUUAGCCCGCAUCGCGAACGAAGUUGCCCCUGCAUCCUCCAUUCCCAACAACACCAACACGAACAACCGCGGCCCCUCACCAAACGUUUUAUCCUCAUCGUCUGGCAACGAAUCACAGCCAAAGACAGCCACCCAGAACCCACCGGAAGAUGCAUCCCAGCCUGGCCCUGCCCCUGCCGCCUUUAUCCGCCGCAAAACACGUACCUUCACUUCCUCGAUUUCAAGCAUAACAACCGAACAACCCUCGCUUAAUCCUAGUCCUAGUCCAAUGGCCAUUCGUCGUCAGGCCGUGGAAACUGCUCUUGCAUCCAUCUUCUCAACAGUUCUCAUAUCAUCAGACAUUGCUGCACCGUCAAAGGAGAAAGAUCGGCGUGCCUUAGAGGAAAGGAAACGGAGUAUCAUUGAGCCGUUUUUAAAGACUAUUGGAGUUGAUAAUAAGGGGCCCUCAGGUGGUGUUUCCUAA